CCACAACGUUCGGCCUCCCCGCCGCUCCCGCAGUCUGGCUAGGGCUCCACGCAGGGACCACGCAGGGACCCUGUCCUCCUCUGGGCCCACCCGGGCGUUCCCCAUCCUAGGCAAACGGAGAAAUAAGGUCGCGAGGCAGGCUCCAUAUCCUGAGCACCGGGACCCCCAGGAUCCUCUCUGGAUGGCCCCCGGCCCUGGGGCCUGAGGACUGUGACACCCUGUCCCUGGCUCACCUGAGUUUCUCAGGCCCCAGGAUGCCAUAGAGCCCUGCCUGGCUCCGUCUCUGCAGAGACUUGCUCCUCCAGGUCUGUGGCCACAGUGCCCCUCACCUGCUCCGCACCUGGCCCCAUCACAGGCCCCUGCAAUGUCACCACCCCUGCGGGCCCUCCUUCUCCUGGCCCUGGAGCUGGGGCUGGCUGCCACCCUCAACCCCAAGGACCCCAACACCUGCAGCUUCUGGGAAAGUUUCACCACCACGACCAAGGAGUCGCACUCCCGCCCCUUCAGCCUGCUCCCCUCGGAGCCCUGCGACCGGCCCUGGGAGAGCCCGCACAGCUGCCCCCGGCCCACAGUUGUCUACCGGACCGUGUACCGCCAGGUGGUGAAGACGGAACACCGGCUGCGCCUGCGGUGCUGCCGGGGCUUCUAUGAGAGCCACGGCGCCUGUGUCCCGCUCUGUGCUCAGGAGUGUGUCCAUGGCCGCUGUGUGGCACCCAAUCGGUGCCAAUGUGUGCAAGACUGGCGGGGUGACGACUGCUCCAGCGCUUGUGCCCCAGGAGUGUGGGGGCCGAAGUGUGACCAGCCCUGCAACUGCGGCAACGGCAGCUCCUGUGACCUCAAGAGUGGGGCAUGCUCCUGUCCCUCUGGCCUGCAGCCCCCGCACUGCCUUCAGCCCUGCUCCACUGGCCGCUAUGGCCCUGCCUGCCAGUUCAGCUGCCAGUGCCACGGGGCACCCUGUAACCCCGAGACCGGAGCCUGCCUCUGCCCCCCAGAGAGAACUGGGCCCAGCUGCGAGGUGUCCUGUUCGCCCCGGAGUGCUGGCUUCUCCUGCCCCAGCGCUCCUCCUUGCCAAAACGGGGGAGUCUUCCAGGCCUCCCAGGAUUCCUGCAGCUGCCCACCUGGCUGGACGGGCACCAUCUGCUCCCUGCCCUGCCCCGAGGGCUUCCAUGGACCCAACUGCUCCCAGGAAUGUCGCUGUCACAACGGAGGCCUCUGCGACCGAUUCACCGGGCAGUGUCGCUGUGCUCCGGGAUACACGGGGGACCGGUGCCGCGAGGAGUGCCCCGUGGGCCGCUUCGGGCAGGACUGCGCUGAGACGUGCGACUGCGCCCCGGGCGCCCGCUGCUUCCCGGCCAAUGGCGCGUGUCUGUGCGAACACGGCUUCACCGGGGACCGCUGCGCCGAGCGCCUCUGCCCCGACGGCCUCUACGGCCUCAGCUGCCAGGAGCCCUGCACCUGCGACCCGGAACACAGCCUCAGCUGCCACCCGAUGAGCGGGGAGUGCUCGUGCCUGCCGGGCUGGGCGGGCCUCCACUGCAACGAGAGCUGCCCGCAGGACACGCACGGGCCGGGCUGCCAGGAGCACUGCCUCUGCCUUCACGGCGGCGUCUGCCAGCCCGACAGCGGCCUCUGCCGGUGCGCGCCCGGCUACACGGGACCGCACUGCGCCAGCCUCUGCCCCCCUGACACCUACGGAGUCAACUGCUCCGCACGCUGUUCCUGCGAAAAUGCCAUCGCCUGCUCGCCCAUCGACGGCGCCUGCGUCUGCAAGGAAGGCCCAGGCCAGAGGCAUCUCUUCGCUGAACAUUCCUCAUCCUCAGUCAUACAGAAUCACAGAAUGCCGGCGCCAGGAGAUCUACCAGCGGUGGCCCGUUGGCAGCGUGGUAACUGCUCUGUGCCCUGCCCGCCGGGAACCUGGGGCUUCGGUUGCAACGCCAGCUGCCAGUGUGCCCAUGAGGCAGCCUGCAGCCCCCAGACUGGAGCCUGUACCUGUACCCCUGGGUGGCAUGGGGCCCACUGCCAGCUCCCCUGCCCGAAGGGGCAGUUUGGUGAAGGCUGUGCCAGUCGCUGUGACUGUGACCAUGCUGACGGCUGCGAUCCUGUUCACGGACACUGCCAGUGCCAGGCUGGGUGGACAGGUACCCGCUGCCACCAGCCCUGCCCUGAGGGCUUCUGGGGAGCCAACUGUAGCAACACCUGUACCUGCAAGAACGGGGGCACCUGCAUCCCCAAGAACGGCAAUUGCGUUUGUGCACCCGGAUUCCGAGGCCCCUCCUGCCAGAAAUCCUGUCAGCCAGGCCGCUAUGGCAAACGCUGUGUGCUCUGCAAGUGUGCCAACCAUUCCUCCUGCCACCCUUCGAAUGGGACCUGCUACUGCCUGGCUGGCUGGACCGGCCCUGACUGCUCUCAACCAUGCCCUUUGGGACACUGGGGAGCCAACUGUGCCCAGCUCUGCCAGUGUCGCCAUGGUGGGACCUGCCACCCCCAGGAUGGGAGUUGUUUCUGUCCCCCGGGCUGGACCGGACAUCUCUGCUUGGAAGGCUGUUCUCCAGGGAUGUUUGGUGCCAACUGCUCCCAACCAUGCCAGUGUGGUCCCGGAGAGAGGUGCCACCCGGAGACUGGGGCCUGUGUGUGUCCUCCAGGGUACAGUGGUGCCCCCUGCAGGAUCGGGAGCCAGGAGCCGUUCACCAUGAUGCCCACCUCUCCAGUGGCCUAUAACUCGCUCGGGGCAGUGGUUGGCAUCGCAGUGCUGGGAUCCCUGGUGGUGGCCCUGGUGGCGCUGUUCAUUGGCUACCGUCACUGGCAGAAAGGCAAGGAGCACCGGCACCUGGCCGUGGCCUACAGCAGCGGGCGACUGGACGGCUCUGAGUAUGUCAUGCCAGAUGUCCCCCCGAGCUACAGUCACUACUACUCCAACCCCAGCUACCACACCCUGUCACAGUGCUCGCCGAACCCCCCGCCCGCUAAGAAGGUUCCAGGCAGUCAGCUCUUUGCCAGCCUCCAGGCCUCUGAGCGACCAGGUGGAGCCCACGGACUUGAUAACCAUGCCACGCUACCUGCAGACUGGAAGCACCGCCGGGAGCCCCCGCCAGGGCCUCUGGACAGAGGUAGCAGCCACCUGGACCGAAGCUACAGCUGUAGCUACAGCAACACUAACGGCCCCGGUCCAUUCUACAGUAAAGGACCCAUCUCUGAAGAGGGGCUGGGGGCCAGCAUGGCUUCCCUGAGCAGUGAAAACCCCUAUGCCACCAUCCGGGACCUGCCCAGCCUGCUAGGGAGCCCCCGGGAGAGCAGCUACGUGGAGAUGAAAGGCCCUUCCUCAGGGUCUCCCCCCAGGCAGCUUCCUCAGCUCCCGGACAGCCAGAGACGGCGACACCCCCAGCCACAGAGAGACAGUGGUACCUAUGAGCAGCCCAGCCCUCUGGUCCAUGACCGAGACUCUGAGGGGUCCCAGCCCCCACUGCCACCGGGCCUGCCUCCUGGACACUAUGACUCUCCCAAGAACAGCCACAUCCCUGUACACUACGACUUGCCUCCGGUUCGGCAUCCCCCCUCACCCCCAGUUCGGCGCCAGGACCGCUGAGGAGCCGAGAUGGUGUGCAGAAGUCAGCAUACCUGUUCUUUGCUGCUCAAGGCUGAGGACAGAGCCCACUGUACCCUGCCAGGAGCAGGGAGGGGACUGGCCGGCCGUGAACAUGAACAUGUUUAAUAGAAGACGUGAAUGGAGAGGAGAUGGGAGCCUGGCUCCCAGGUUCUGUCAUGGGAACACAGUCAGCAAGAAGUCUGUGUUCCUGUUCCCCAACCCAGUGCUUCCCAAGGCCCCUCGGGCCCUGUGUACAUAAACUGGUGGGUUCAAUGUUGCUGGAUAACUGAUUUCAAAUCAAUGUAAAAAAUGUAUAUUGGGUAAAUUUUCUGUGUACUCCUAGCCUAGGCUCAGUGCGUGUGUGUUUAUGUAUGGGUGUGUGUGUGUGUGUGUGUAGGGGGGUGUGUUUGUAUGUGUGUGUGUGUGGUUUCAGAGGGGUACCAGGCACUGGUCCUGACUUGGGGCACUCACUAUAAUGGAGAGGCAGCCCAAACCCAGUUAAAUCUAGAAAUAGCCUGAUUGGCAUCCCUGCAUUCAUCUGGUCCUCCCUCCAAUCAACUGCUCAAAACACAAGCUGAUUAGGUUACUUCUGCCUGAAAGUCUCCAUUGAUGGCCCAUUGCUCUUGGGCUACAGUCAAAAUUGUCCAAGGCUUUAAAGGCUUUGCUGGCCUGGCCUGUCUGUCUCUUCAGCCUUACUCUGAACUGUGUUCCCUGUCUCUCUGCUUCAGUUACACUGGCCUCUGUGUCCUUCUCUCAGCCACACGGCUUCCUAUGACAGGGACUUAGCACAUCUGGGAUGCUCUUCCUCCCCCACUCACCUGGUACCUCCUGCUUGUAUUCCACAUCCCGUUUUCUCUUUCAUGGCAUUGAUGGCAGAUGUAUUUAUGCACCAGAUGCCUGCAAAAGGCCAACAGGGUGCCAGGCACCUCUCUAAUGUGUUGGUUUUUAAUGUGAUUAUUUGAUUCUUCUCUGCCUUCCCCACCAGACUGUAAGUUCCCCGAAAGCAGGAAUCCCGUGUUUAUGUUCAACAUUGGUUCCCCUUGGCACAUAGUAGGCACUCAAUAAAUGUUCCCCCAAA